AUGAGUAUAUUUGGAGAUAUGUUGGAGGAGGAAAUGGAGGUGUUUACGGACGAUUUCUCUGUUGGAGGUGUUUCAUUUGAGGCAUGCCUUGAAAACCUUGAGAAAUGUCUAGCAAGGUUUGAGACGGUGAACUUGGUUUUGAAUUGGAAGAAGUGUCAUUUCAUGGCGGAGGAAGGCAUAGUCCUAGGCCAAAAAAUUUCUCACAAGGGAAUAGAGGUAAAUAAAGUUAAAAUUGAGGAUAUUGAAAAGCUUCCACCUCCGGUCAAUGUGAAUGGAGUGAGAUCUUUCUUAGGGUAUGCCGGGUUUCAUAAAAGAUUCAUCAAGGAUUUCUCACUCAUUGCAAAGCCCCUCAAUGAUCUUCUUCAAAAGGAUGCCGAGUUUGUAUUUGAUGAUAAGUGUUUGGAAGCAUUCAAUAUGUUAAAGAAGGCUCUAACUCCUAUUGUUCAAGCCCUAAGAUGGGAUUUACCAUUUGAGUUGAUGUGUCAUGCGAGUGAUUCGGAAAUUGGAAGUGUCUUGGGUCAAAGAGUGGAUAAAAAGUUUCAUGUUAUCUACUAUAUGUCAAAAAGACCCUUAAUGGAGCUCAAAGGAAUUAUACAACAACAGAGAAGGAGUUCUUCGCAAUAA